AUGGCUCCGCAGGAGAACGUCAGGUCAUUUCACCACGAUGUGACUGACGAGAAAGCCGGCGCCCUCCAGACCGAGGAGAUUGUUGUCCAGCGCAUUACCGAUGAGGAUCUCGUUCGUAUCUCCAAGGAGGCGAUGCCUAAGUUUUGGACGAAGACAGGUUUCAGGAUCUGCUUGAUUAUCUUCCUUCAAGGUUGCAAUCAGGCAGGUUACGGUGUUGACUGGGCCGUCAUCAGUGGUAUCAACGCAUAUCCGGCCUGGCACAAGUUUUUCAACAUCGAAAUCGACGGUGUCAAAUUUGCACACAUCACGGCCUUGAUGCGAAUCGGCACUGUUGUCGGCGCUCCGUUCCUCGCACUCAACGAUAAAAUCGGCCGUCGCGGAGUCAACUUCCUCGGUAAUGCUCUGGUUAUAUGUGCUGCACUCAUGCAGGCUUUGGCUCCAAAUCUGUCCUGUUUCAUGGCUGGCCGAUUUUUUCUUGGAUUUGGAUCGGCGUUGAUGUCCUCACCACAAUACAUCGCAGAGGUCGCCCCCGUACAUCUUCGUGGCCGAAUCGUGGGUCUGUUUGGUGCCUGUUUCCAGAUUGGCAGCGUAGCGAUGAACGCCGGCAUGAUUGGAACUACUAACAUGGCGGAGAGCGAGACUAACAACUGGUCCUGGCGUCUUCCAUUGCUGUUGCAGACAUUCUUUCCGCUUGUUGUGUGUUCACUCAUCUACUUCAUCACACCAGAAUCGCCUCGAUACUUGAUGCUCCGUGGUAAGCGCGAAGAGGCGAGGAAGGUCAUCGCGAAGUACCAGACUACAUCGGGUUCUGUUGAUGAGCCAAUUGUCGACAUUGUUACCGCACAAAUCGAAGAGUCAUUGGAAACUUCUCGCACAGGGUUCAAGCAGUCUUGGAAUUUCGCCGUCUUUGUCACCAAGACCGUCCGUUACAGAUUGCUGGUUCUUGUUCUGUACUCGAUGUUCCAAUCAUGGAACGGCGGAGGAAUUGUAUCAUACUAUCUUACGCCUGCGCUCAAGACCGUUGGAGUCACUAAACCCAUAACGCAACUCGGCGUCAACCUCGGUCUCACCGCAACCUACUUCGUUUUCACUGCAAUUGGUGGUUGGUUCGUUGACCUUUUCAAGCGUCGGACAUUGAUCUUCGCCGGUUUGGUGGGGAUCAUAUGCAUGCAGACAGCCGCUACUAUCACUUCCUGGCAGUACAACUUGAAACCUACCAGUGCAACGUCGGCCCUCACGAUAAUGUGGAUGUUCUGUUUCCAGAUCAUAAGUGCACUAUUCAUCGCGACCAUGCAUAACCUCUAUCCGGUCGAGAUCUUGUCCUUGACUCUUCGUGCCAAGGGUAUGGGUUUGUACGGUGUGAUCCAAGGUGCAUGUGGAGCCGUCGAAGCUUAUGGUAUCUCCAUUGGUAUCUCAAAGGUAGGAUACAAGAUUUGGUGCGUGUACAUCGUGUACAAUAGCCUCCAGCUAGUCGCAUCGUACUUUGUCUUCCCAGAGACCAGCAAGUUGAGCUUGGAAGAAAUCGACGCAGUGUUCGAGACGCCAGGUGUAGCGCCAGUGAAGAUGUCGUUAGGCAUCCAAAAGGCGAAGAAGGAGAAGGCAAUGCUGGACAGAGAAGCUGGUAUCAUUAGCUGA